AUGACGGUGGAUGAGGUGGCUCUCGGAUUGGCACUGCAAUGGUUAACUCCGUUUCGAUUCUCAUGCAAUCGGCUAUUGUUACAACGACUGCCUGAAAUUCAUUUCCCCCCGUACAGUCUGAUUCGACUAUUUGACCCGCUAUCAAUCACCCAAUUUGAGAUGGAGGAUCCUUCGUUGGGAAGCAGUCUGGCUGUGGUUCUACCUUCCGCUCUCGGGUGGUUAAUCAGUCUGAGAAACCUCAGGGCUUGCUCCCUGCCCGCGUGCAUUCCACCUCCGCCCGAAUUCACACCUAUUCACUCAACUACCCGGACAGCCAGUGUGUUUCCCGCCCAAUCGCCUAUCAUCCCCGGCACUGCAACACAAUCAACCACCUCAACUGGGCCAACACCCACGGCUACAGUGGCCGCUUGUCGUCUACUGAAUCGUGCUUUGAUAUCUCUUCGAUAUUUGCAGCGCCUCGGAUUAGCCCGUUGUCAUUUGACUGGGCAUUUGAAAGUUUUACUGAAUGGGCUGAGUCAACCAUUGGAGUAUCUGAAUUUGCAGGACUGUUGUCUAUCCGUGGAGGAUAUAAAUUACCUGGUGCUUCAGUGGCGUCCGCUUCAUGGUCUGUACGAGUUAAAUCUGUCUAGAAACAAUUUGUCCAAAGUGCCGGAUGAAACACUGCUCCAACUUGUACACAAUGUGUGUCUCCGUCCUCGGGGUCAGUUGGUCUGUCUUUCUGUUGCCUAUACUUGUCUGUCCAUUGAUCGCCUCGUCUGGUUCGUGGGUCUCAUGGCCGGGACAGAACAAUCUACACAAGAUACCAAUGAGGAACUCAACGACAAUGCAUCAGACAAAUGGAUCGAAUCUGCGUCCACUUUGCGUGUACUUUGUAUUCAACCGUUUGUUCCCCCACCGAGAGAAGAUAUUCACCGAAUUUUGUAUCGUGCAGCUAAAUUACCGAAACUGCAACGAUUACACUUGUUCCCAGCAGCCUACGCGUUCCCGGCUAGUGGUGAUAUUCGACAACGAGAACUGCGUUUGGAAUGGAUUUCGCACAGUCGAAACUAUUUGCGACAACGAUUGCGCGCGGAUGUUGAAGUUUUGUGA